CGGCAAUGGCUGUCCUUUCGUUCAGUGAAUUGCUGUCAAAGGGAUUGUUGUUUUCACGCGAAUCGCGAAAAGCGUUAGUUUUCUCAAUGAAUUGCGACAACAAUUAGAUUUUCGGCCACAUUUUGGACACACUUUCGGACGGAAACGGAAACGAAAAACGCUUUCGUCUCGUGAGACGAAUGAAUCGCAAAAAUCGCGAAUUUUCGCUGAAAUAAUGACAAAAGUAAGUGAACUCCGAGUGAGUGGCGAACACUCGUCACGUGACCCACGCUCUCAGCGCUCGCAUCCCUGUCCCCUCUCUCUGCCUACCAGUGCUCUCGCUCUGAGUGCCGCUGUGGAGAGCUGUCAGUGCGCUCCCAUUGGACACACCUUUCAAACGAGAGUUUCUUUGUUUGAAAACUCAUUUUCUUUCUCUUCUCUCGUCUUUUGUUCUCAACUUUUUUCUCUCAUUUUUGGCCCAAUUUUAACCAUUUAUUUACAUUUUAUUUACACUUUUGACACGAGUUUUACACCUUUUUUACGCCAAUUCCGGCCGAAUGUCCGCUUUUGGGCCCAUUUUUGCCUAAUUUUACACUCGUUUUGUUGAAUACCUUUUGUUUUGUUAUCCGAUUUUUGACUCCUUUUUCUCUCUCUUCUCUCACGACUCUCCUGUCGUUCUCUUCUGUCGUUCUGUCGCUCUCUCUGUCGCUCACUCUCUCCGACACCCACUCUCUCGCACUCUCCGACACCCGCGCGAAGAGGGGAGCCGACGAAAUCUCGAUGGACUCGACGGCCGUUACGACAGACGUAGCCGUGAAGACGGAGACGACGCCAAUGACGACGACGGGGACGACAGUGAACGGCGUCGUCGCCCAACAGACGACGGACGACGCGCUGGUCGUCGACAACAACAACACGAUCACUGAAAACAAUAACGAAAUCGCGAAGAAAGUGAAGUACGACCAGAAGGAGGACCACGUGAACAACAACCACCACCAGAGCGCGCGGGGGGCGCCGCCCGUCGUGCCCAACCCGGCGGUGAAGUCGCGUGUGGUUCACGUCCGCAACAUUCCACUCGACACCAGCGAACACGAUCUCAUCCAACUGUCGGGCGGUUUCGGACGCGUCACCAAUUGUCUCAUCCUCAGGGGCAAGUCGCAGGCCUUCGUGGAGUUCGCAGACGCGCUUUCGGCGCAACAAAUGGUGAACUUCUGGCUCUCGUCGACAGUGGCGGGCAUUCCGUCACCGAUGCAGCCCAACAUCCGCGGCCGUCACGUGUUCUGCCAGCUGUCCAAUCACAAGGAGCUGAAGACCAACGGCCAGCACGUGAUGCACAACAACCUGCAGAACGAUCACAUGUCGUCGUUGGGUGUCGUCCACGGGGACGGCGCGUCGUCUCCGGCGACGAACGGGACGUCACGGGAGCCGUCGUGUGUGUUGCGAGUGAUCGUCGAGAACCUGAUGUACGCGGUGUCGCUCGAGAUCUUGCAUUCGGUGUUCUCGCGCGCGGGAAAAGUGGCCAAAAUCGUGACGUUCACGAAGAACGGCUCCUUCCAGGCGCUCAUCCAGUUCGCGGACGGCAGGGACGCCGUGAGCGCCAAACAGCUGCUCGACGGCCAAAACCUCUUCCACCCGAACGCCAACACUCUUCGCAUAGAGUUCUCGAAACUGCAACAAUUGAACGUCAAGUACAACAAUGACAAGUCGCGCGACUACACGAACCCCGCGCUCCCGCACAACAACGCGCACGACGUGAUGGCGGCUGUCAACCAGCAGACGCAGGACCAGCUCAUGACGUCACUGCUCGGCCAACAGCAACACCCGUCACAACACCCGCAGAGCGCGCAACAGCUCUUCUCCGCGUUUCCCAUCAAUCAGCAGACGCUGCGCGCACUCAACCCCAUCCACGCCCUGAACGCCCUCCAGAGCUCGCAGUUGGGCCAACUGGGCGCCCACCUGGGGCUCGGGGCCAACGGCAUGGGCGGCGGGGGUCUGGGCGGCGCUUCAGCCGUUCUUCUCGUCUCCAAUCUCAACGAAAGCACGACGACAACUGACGCUCUCUUCACUCUUUUCGGCGUCUACGGAGACGUCAUUCGCGUGAAGAUCCUCUUCAACAAGAAGGACAACGCGUUGGUACAGAUGGCGGAACCGGCGCAGGCGCAGUUGGCACAGACCUACCUGGACAAGGUGAAGCUGUCCGGACGCGUCAUUCGCGUCACGCCUUCCAAACACCAAUUGGUCCAAAUGCCCAAAGAGGGCCAACACGACGCCGGCCUCACCAAAGACUUCUCGCAGUCAUCGCUGCACCGCUUCAAGAAGCCGGGCUCCAAGAACUUCGGCAACAUCUACCCGCCCUCCGCAACCCUCCAUCUCUCCAAUAUCCCCGCCUCCGUCCACGAGGACGACAUCCGCGCCGCCUUCACGCGCGAAACCGCCGCUCCCGUCGUGGCCUUCAAGUUCUUCCCCAAAGACCGCAAGAUGGCGCUCAUUCAGCUCCAGUCCGUCGACGACUCCAUUCACGCGCUCAUCAAAAUGCAUAACUACCAACUGUCCGAGUCGUCGCACCUGAGGGUCUCGUUCUCCAAGUCCUCCAUUUAGGACCACAAACACCAAAACAACACUUAAAUCAUGUUUUCUUAUCAUUUUCUUACCGUUCGUCUCGUCGUCUGUCGCUGUCGUGUCGUCCCGACUGUCGCCUCUUCUGUCGUAUCGGUCGCGACGACGACACGACUCCUCCGUCGUCUGCCUGUCGUCGAAACAAAUCAAACGUUUUUUAUAAUUACGAAAAACAACAGAAAAAAUACACAACAAAUCGAUCGCCAAUUCGUGCCUUUUAUGACAGUAUUUUUGCAUUUAAUUAUCAUAACUAUUAUUAUUAAUUAUUAUAUGAAUUAUUAAUGAGAAAAAGACAC